AUGCACAUGCAGGUAGUCUCGAUCGAGCACUCGCUGGAGCGACCGCAUGCGGCUUUGGGUGACGCAGCGCUGUCACCGAUUUUCCAUCGUGUGUCGGCGCGCUGUCCAGUGCUGCACCUCUUCGGCUACGUACACAUCCCUUUGGAUCUCACCCCCACCACGGCCGGCGCCUCAGCACUCGUCGCGUCAACGGAGCCCUGCAACGCGAGCAGCAGCGUUCCAGAGAACGAACUCGACGGUGACGCGGAAAUCAUGGCUGCAGCGACCCCACAUUCUUUCGCUCACGGAAGCAGCGGGGGUGGUAUUCUGCGUCUCAGCCGAGCCACUCCACUCGUCGGCCGACUCAGCGGCACCCCGGCGCCGGUGCAGCAGGAGGAUGCCUCGCCCUCGCCGAAGAGGGUCACGUACGCUUUAGAUGCUGAUGGGCACCGCAACAACGCUGCGGCGGCCGGCGCGGUAGCACGGCACUGCGAUGCGCCAUCCUCAUCUUUUCCACCUCCUUGUAGUAAUCUCUGCCUGGCUACGAGUGCCAUCGGCAGCGACGGCGACCCACUAAUCUUAACAGGCGGGAGUCUUGGUAGCUCAGCCGCCUGGCGUGGCGGCUACACGCAACGCCGCGCCUGCCUUCAUGUGCAUGGAGUGUACCCAUCGCUGCUGCUCCCCCAGUACGACCGCAACGUCUCUGCUGAUCAGCUGGCGGCGCAGCUCGAGGCCGUGGCGCUGCGCGUUCUUGCGCGACAGGGCACGUUCGUGCCGACCCAACAGCUGGUGCACAACGUCCACAUUGUUCACCGCUUCAACGUGUACGGCUACCGGCCCCACGCGCACGCCUUUUACGAGGUGGAGCUUAUCGACCCCGACUUGCUGCCAAGGGUGGUGGAUGUGCUGCAGAACUCGACGGAGGUGGGUGGGCGGCGGUGGCAGCUGUACGAUGCGCACUAUCGGUAUCAUACACAGUUCAUGGUGCGGUGGCGCGUGAGUGGCAUCGCGCCGUUUCCCCUGCCAGCUGGACGGUGCCAUGUGCGUCUGCCGACCGCUCCCGAGCUCUCGGAGAACUUGCCUGUCCUCUCGGCGUCGCUUGAAGGGGUGGGUAGGCUGCAGGCGCACCAGCACAGCCGCGGUAGCGAAAGCGACGCCGCGAAACGAGAGCUGAAGGAUAAGGACGAGGAGGAGCACAGGCAAGCAGCCGCCAGCUUUGCGCAGCAGUCUCAGCUUCUCUUUCGCCAGCGGUGGCGACCUGAUGAGCUGGGUCGCGCCACCACGGCAGAGGUGGAGCUGGACGUCGCUGGUGCCGAUCUGCUCGACCACUCCUCCGCAAUGGAGGAGGAGGAGGCUAAGGGUGCCGCAGCAGCGGCGCAGGGGCCACGAAAAACCGUGAAGGCCGGCGACAACCUCAGUUACACACGCCGCAUCAUACGACACUACUUCAGCGAGCAUGGGGUGUCCGAUACUUUGCGCGUUGCGGACACCAUCGCGAUGGAGCGCCAUCAGCAGGAGUGUGCGCAUGUUGCGGCGGCCGAGUCGAAGGGGCAGCAGGGGCGCUACGGCCACGUGAUGCAGAUCCAACGCGGCGAUCCGACGGUGCGGUGGCUGCGACACCGCAUGCUAGAGUACUUGAAGGAGCGGACGGAGGCCAAUGCAGCGGUCGCUGCGGCGCUUGCCGCUCCUUCUGCGGUUCGCAAGACAGAAGACGGCGGCGAAGUGUCUACUGCCAUGUGUCUCGCCAGCGCAGACGCUGCCACGGCUUCGGCGCUGCCGCUCCCGUCCGCCACUCAUCUUGUUGAAAGCGCUGCAAAGUUGCAAGAUCAGCGCGCCAUUCGCCAGCAGCUCCUUGCCGCGUACCGCCAGCCUGGCGGCGCUACUUCAAGGGCAAGUCGGCACGGCCACCGGUGCGGGGCCACAGACGCGAUGACCACUCGCGCGUACUCAGACGGCCACGUUGCCGUGCCGUUGUCGCUCGCACACGUCGCCGACCAGGAAUCCGCCAUCGCUGGCGGGGAGGCGCUGUACGUUGGCUUUAGCUCAGAGAGUCUGCAGCUUUCUGUGCCACAGAGUCAGUCCCAGCCGCAGCCGCAGCAGCCAGCAGCAGCGCCGGAGAAUGCUGCGGGGCAGCCGAUCCCUUCUUCAUCCGCAUACCAGCCCUUCUUUGACGAGCUCUCGGCCACGGCCUACGCCGAUGUCGCGGCUGCGCCCACGCAGGACUUGUUCACGGCGCUGGCACAGCCAAGCGCGCCCUCGCUGCCGUCCCAGGGAGCUGGACUCACCACCUCCGUUGCAGCAGCGGUCAUUACAACACCGCGACGCAGUUCAGUGAGCAGCAAGAAAGCAAGUGAGGCGGACUCCAGAAACAUGCGACCGAUGCUGGAGACAACUCGUGAGCUGGCGAGCAACGCGGAUGUGACCUCGGCGUGCGCAGCUUUCGACUCGAUAACCGCCGCGGCACCGUCGAGUGCGGUCUCCUCCUCGUCGUCGUGGUCUUCAUGGUCGUCUGCGUUGUCGUCGUCCUCUACGGCGUCCUUCUCCAGUGGCAGGACUUCCCCAGAUCACGGCAACAGCUGUAUGGAGGGCCGCGAAGGCGUUGGCCCGUCCUUUUUCUGCUCUUCAGCGGCACAGCCACGUGAGAGAGCCCAGGGGGAGCCGUGUCUCGCUGCAUUGGACGCCGCAGCACUCGUGCGUGAGACGCCCACGCAGCGACUGACGCAGUCGUCUGUCGGGCGUUCUCCGAGGAUCAGUGAAGGGCGAGGUGAUGACUUCGCGUUCGACGCUCUGGACAGGAUCGGUGAUGAGGCGAUCAGGCCAUCGGUCGGUGCCUCGCAAAACGAUGGCUCACUUCCGCGACUGAGGAGAGACACCAGCAGGGCGACAUUGGACGAGCUGGUGGGUGCGGAAAAGGACCACACUCCAGAGGAUGGACGUUGUUGCGCUGGCAUCGCUGCGGCCGCAUCACCGACCACUGCGCCGCCCACCCGCCUCCUCACGCGUCAUGGUUUGGCGGAGGGGGACUGCGUCGCGUUCGUCCACGUCCGCGACGUCGCGUCUUCUUUGCGUCACGGCGAGGUCCUGGCCGUGGCCCGUGUGGCGGUGUUGACGACGGAGACGACAGAGCUACAGUGGCUGCUGCGCUUGAGCGAGACGCACCUCGCUGCAGAGGAGCAAGCGUUGGUGCGCCGUGGCUCAUGGCUGCGCGCUCAACUACCGACCGCCGCCGCUACUGCUGCCGCUAGCACGGCGCCCUCGAUGAGAGACUACCACAGCCACUUUGCUGGAACUGCAUGCGAUGUGCAGCUGGGGGAAGUGGUGCUCAGCAACGUGUACGAUAGCGUUCUCACCUCGGUGCUGGAGGGCGACACACAGGCGGCUGCACCGUCCGCACCCACGCAGCAGCUUCCUGCGGGAGACCUUGCCGUGUCUGCGGCGCAUACUCUGGAUAUGGGGGAGAUCGAUUUAAGGGUGUGUGAGACAAAUCCUGAAGAGGGUAGCGUGUCGUGGCAACCGAGACGCCAUCGACCUUCAGAUGACGCGGCUGCUGAGGUGCAAGUCUGGAGGGUUCACUGUUUCACUGAUGUGGCAGCGUAUCACAGCUUCGCAGGACCACCUGAUGGCCGGCAUCGGCCCCACGCCGGACACCCCAGCUGCAGCUCGCCUCCUCUGCUGCGAGUUCUUUGUCGUUACGCGUAUCAUGUCGAUGCCCGGGUGCUGACUAGCGUCUGCCCAGCUGUCUUCACGCCAGACGUGCGUAAGUUCGCCGUUGAUGGCCGUUCUCUACCUUCCUCACAGCGCGUCUCGUCGCGUGGUGGCCAACAACUGGAGAGCGGCGAGAGAGGGGCUGAUGCCGCCGCGGCGCACCGCUUGUGGCGCGCAGGCGCCUCAUCAUCUCGCGUGCUCUUCACUCAGCCUCAGCCUCUGCUGCCUUUGGGCGACCCACGUGCGCACUCGAGGGCAGCGGCGGCGUCACUCACAUCCCCACCGGCGCCCUCUUCCCCGCCCGUGGAGGCACCCGCCACGCUGGCCAAGGCGCCGUGGCUAGAGGCGAGUGAGGACGGAUGCGAGGACGCGUUGCUGUUCCCCAGCAGCUCUGCUUCCACUGGCAGCAGUCGAGGCGGAGGCAGAGAUGCGUCUAAACGGCGGGACGAGGUGGCGGCGGCUUGCGCUGCGCACGCCGCCCCACUGGGCCUCACGCUGAUGCCCGACACGACACUUCCGCAGAGCUCCUGCGAGGCUUCCGCUGGGCUUCCCUCACCUUCAGCUGCGGUGCAACCACCACAAGACGCCGCCGACGCGGCGCCGCCGCCUGCCGGUAAGUGCCUCUGGCGGGUCUCGUUAAUGCGAACGCCGCCGCCAGACUUCGCUGUCGGCCGUAUGCGCGUCCUGCGCGGUGUGCAGGCGGUACGCCACUUCGCUAAACACGCAUUCGUGUCGCAGGGGCAAGCGCGGCUGCGCCGGCGUGGCGCCAGCUGCACAGCUGAUGGUAACCGCGGCGCCGCAGCAGACGCUGCGGCGGUCGGUGCCAUCGAGGAGGCGGAUACCGCUCCGCAGCUGCGGUUUUCCAAGGAGACGGCGGACGCUGACGGAGACGGGAACGGGGAGCCGGCGAUCGGUGCAACGGUGAGCGAUGGUUCGAGGGUGAAUGCGGCGCGCAGCGGAGAUACUCUAGCGGCGGCAGGGGAGAGAAGAGCGACAGAGAUCGUGGUGCUGUCGGCAGCCUCAUCCUGCGCGCACAGCAGCUCUGCGGCACCGAUGGCAUCGCUCAUGGUAUCCUCUCUUACGCCCCCACGGUCGUCCUCGUCAUCGGUGGACCCUGUGCGCGAGGUGACGGCUUCGCAGCGCGCCUUCCUCGACCUUCUGCAGGCAGGGAGGCACCUUGAUGAGGGAGGUGCGCGCAUGGUGUUGCUGCAGCGUCGAGGCCAGCUGGGCUGCAUGGUGGAUGGUAUGCGACGCUGCUGUGCGGUGUCCGCCUCUGGACGCGAGGGCCUGCUCCUCUCGCGAGGAAGCGGUGGUGGUAGCAGUGGCGACUGGCGGGUGUGCGUCUCUGCUGUCGCGUGGCCGUGGACCGCAGCGACGGGGGUAACGUCGAGUGAUGGAGCGCUGCUGCCGUGUCGGUAUGAGGCGGUGGCGUCGUUCCCCGCCCCUUCGGUUAGCAUUGCCGGGGCCUCGCGGGGCGGGAGGGUGGCGCCGGCUGCCGCACGCGCGACGCCCACACGCCGUGGCGCCAAGCAGAGCCUCCCUCUCUCCGUGGUGAGCAGGCGAAAGUCUACUAGCCACGCCCCCGGUCUUUCUCUCUCCGCCACACAGCAGCCGCAGCACCACCUGCAGUGUACCCUGCGCGUGCUCUACAUUGAGGUGCUGCUUCACCAUCUGCUGGGGGAAGCGCCUGCGUCGGCGAGUGAGGUGCUGGCGGUGGGACUGGGACAGGCCACUACAGCCACCAACAGCACCAUCGCCGUUCGCGUGUUCUGCGUGGCUGCUCCACUACGCUGCUCAGCUGCCCGCGCAGCGACGCACCCGUCCGCUGCUGGGCGUCCGCCGCCCCUCGUGGGACUGACUGAGGCGGUGCAGGUGGUGACGAUGCCGGAUGAGGCGGCGCUCCUCGCGCGCGUGCGUGGCGAGAUCCUCGCGUACGACCCCGACAUCUUGAUUUCGUGGGAUGGCAUCAAGUACGGGCUUGGGUACUUGGCACUACGUUACCGGGCGGUGCUUCAGCGAAACCUGGCCUCUGACUUGUCACGCGUGCUGCAGCAUCACGGGUAUCAGCGGACCAAUGCAAAUUGCGGGUUGCACUCUGCAGCCGCCGCGUCAGCGUCGGGUGGGGAUGCUGGCGUCGACAGCGGUGCGGCUGAGCGCGCGUUCCCUUCAGUGGCAGAGGAAGGGCCGACAAAGAGCGGACGCGGGGGCGCAGAGGCUGGCGAGCUCGCCGCAGCAAGGUAUCGCUCGCGGUCACUCGCCUCUCAUGCGGCCGCUCCCUUCACCGUUCGUCACGGCAGCAGCGGCGGUGGCGGCGAGCCUCUGCCUUCUCAAGAAUCCGUCCAGAGUGCCACCGCCAUGGCUGCGCGCUCUUCGGUAUUGUCUAGCGCUGCUUCUUCUGCAUCCUGGACCGCCCCGCUGAGGGACUUGGAUGAAGGCGACGAUGGCGUGGAUGGCGGCGGCACAGAUGAUGUGGGCACCAAGGGUGGCGCGUGUGGCCGCAGAGGCGGUGCCUUAGCUGGGCAGACCGUUGAGUACAGAGAGGGGGGCACAAUGCGCUGGGCGCACACGGGAUUGCAGCGGAAUGGGCAGUCGCCGCUACUGGCACGGCCUCGUGCAGCUGUCGACCUCCGCGCCGCGGCGUCCGCGUCGGCGUUGCCCGCGCCAGCGGCGGCGGCGGCUGACCAUUACGCGAAGCGGUUUGGCACCAACAUGCACGUGGUAGGGCGCAUCUGCACGAGCCUCGGCAGAGACCUGCGUAAGGAGAUAAAGAUGCCCAGCUACUCCCUCUCAAUGGUGCACGUUCAGCUGCUGGGGCAACCACUACCGUACUUCACCGACAGCUAUCUUUCCGAGCUCUUCCUGACGCCGCAGUGCGCCGAUGCACUCGGCGGAGGCGAGCGGCACACGGCUCUGCGCUACCUCGCCUCACGCGUUGCCGCACCACACCGAAUCGCGUGCAAGCUACGCUGGUUCACGCGGCUGCUGGAGUUCUCGCGGAUGUACGGCAUCCUAACCAAGGAGGUCAUCACCCGCGGCAGCCAGUUCCGCGUGGAGGCGACCCUUCUCCACUUUGCCCAUCCUCUCAGGUACGCGAUGCUGUCACCAUCGCUGAGCCAGGUGCACCGACAACCCCGCAUCGAGUGCAUCCCGCUGGUGAUGCAGCCCAAGUCGGGCCUGUACCGCCAUGACCCUGUGGUGGUGCUAGACUUCCGUAGCUUGUACCCGAGCCUCAUCAUCGCCUACAACCUCUGCUACUCCACGUGCCUUGGCAUAGUCCAGCCACACUCGCACGGACGACUUGGGGUGCUGCCGCGGUUCAGACAAAGUAACGCCGCGCUGGCGGAGUUGCUACCCGACGACGGCACCCAGCACGACGGCGUCGUCUUCAGCCCCAACGGUGCCAUGUUCGUCCCUCCCAGCACACGAGUCGGCUUGCUGCCGCAGAUGGUGCAGGCCGUGCUGGACACGCGGUUCGAGGUGCAAGCGGCGCUGAAGCAUAUUGCCGUGCCAUCAGGGGACAUUACGAUGCAGCAGCGCCUGCAGGAGCAGCAGCUGGCUCUCAAGAUGCUGGCGAACGUGACGUACGGGUACACGGCAGCGUCGUACACGGGCCGCAUGCCGUGCGUCGACCUGGCCGAGGCGAUCGUGUCCCUGGGUCGGCAGACGCUUGAGCGCACCAUUGAACUCAUACACAACACUCCUGCGUGGCGGGCCGAGGUGGUCUACGGCGAUACGGACAGCUUGUUCGUGCGGCUUGCUGGCCGCACCAAGGCGGACGCCUUUCGCAUUGGCCAGGAGAUGGCCGACGCGGUCACACGGUCGAGCCCGGCGCCGAUACGACUGCAGUUUGAGAAGGUGCUGCUGCCGUGCUUACUGCUCGUGAAGAAGAGGUACGCCGGGUACAUGUGGAGCUCACCGACGCAGGAGGCUCCAACGUUCUUGGCGAAAGGGAUUGAGGUGGUGCGACGCGACCAGUGCCCUGCCACGGCGCAGCUCACAGACCGACUCCUGCGGCUGCUUUUGGACGACGCCAGUGCGACAGUGCUGCGGCAGUCGUACUAUGCGGCGGUGGAGCGGCUCCAGUCUGGGGCUGCCAACCCGCUCCAGUGCAUCUUCCGCCGUGCGGUGAAGUUGGGUCGGUACAAGGACGCAGAUGAUACACACCUGCCGCUGGCAGCCCGCCUGGCUUUUCAGCAGAUGGAGAAGGACGCCACACAGACGCCGUGCUGGGGAGAGCGACUGCCGUAUGUGGUGGUGCGAUCCACCACUGCAACCAACAAGCUCACGGACAAGGUGCUUCACCCGGAGCGCCUCCUCCAGGUACACGACACCCACAGCUUGGACGCGACCUACUACAUCGUGCGCCACGUAAACAGAACGCUUGAUCGCAUGUUCUACCUCGUGGGCAUCAGCUUUGGGCGGUGGUAUCAAGCAAUGCCGCGGCGGCGCACGGCGCACGCGGCGCUGCUAAACUUGCCGACCUUCAUGGCAGCACAGCAGCGGCAGCAGCAGCAGUUGCAGGGCGUGGUGCCACCUGAUGCGCGCGGUGCUGUCCCUCCUCUAUUUUCCUUCGAUACCGUGAGCGCCCCUCUAAGUCCGCGAAGCCGGCAGAUGCGCUUGGGGCAGUUAGCAUCAUUGAUGGAGGGGCUACGCCACCACCACAGCAGCUCAGGCGUGCUGUCUGCUCUUAGCGGCGGCGCUGCUUCCGCCGCGGCGACAACGGCGGCAACAGCGGAAGAGAUCAGCGACGAUGAGGAUCCGAGUGACGAGGCGGCGCAGCCAAAAGAGGUGGCGGACCUCACCCGCCCCUCCACACAAGAGGUGAUCGAUGUAGACCAGUUCGCGACGCAACGCAGCAAUUGCCCGUCGUCAUCCUUGACGGACGCAGCGCCGCCACGGCGCGACCGCUUUCUGAAGCCUGACCUGGCUGCAUCUCGCUCUGGGCGGCGGAAGCGGUGGCGCACCGUGACCCUGGAAAGUUUCUACCCGCGCACACUCUGUGUGGUCUGCGAAGAAGAGGCUGUCAGCCUGAACGACAUCUCUCGACAGCAGGCCGUGCUGAUGCGUGUCGGGGUGGUGGGAUGCGGCGCAGCAGCAAGCAGCAGGCGUUGCACCACAGUCGCCUACCCUCUCCCCUCUACAGCACCAGCGGCACCGCUUCCUCUUCCCCACCGCCUCCCGCCCAUCUGCACGCGAUGCUGGAGCGACCCGCUGUCGCUGCACCUCCGCGUACAGCAGCAGUGCCGCUCUAUGAACCGUCAGAUGAACGCGUUGCAGGGGCUCUGUGCGCGCUGCAUCAGCGGCGGCGGCGAUGCCGGCGAUGCCGCGGCGGACGAUUACAGGCUGGCCGUAGCAGACAUGGAAGACAUGGACGCCUUCUGCAUGUCGUCUACCUUGACGCGGCACCGUAACUGUCCAGGGCAUGCUUACGAUGGCGUGGAUGGUAGUGUGCCACGCCACGUGCUGGCCGCGGUGGAGCUGUCCGCCGAGGGUGUGCCGCGCGGGUGCGUGUCGGUCGACUGCGCCGUUGGAUUUCAGAAGAAGUGGGUGACGACACAGCGGACGCAGUGGCAGGCCUUGCAGGCGUUCCUGAACAAGGUUUUGUGA